AUCCGUAAAUCUAUAUUUUUCAUCCGAAUAUCCAGAAGAAAAAAAAUCCUUCUGCUCCGAUUCAACCUUCGUAAAUUUUGAUAAAUUCUAGUUUUUACAGGCCAAAAGUUGAAAAUGCAGGGAGGCAGAGACCCCUUUUCCAAUUUUGGUAAUCCUUUUGGUAGUUUUGGUGGUUUUGGCGGAUUUGGAGGUCAGAGGAGUUUAUUACCUGGCUUUUUUGGAGGCAGAGACCCGUUUGAUGAUCCUUUCUUCACAAACCCAUUUGGAGGCAUGUUUGGAUCGACCCCUUUUGGUCCUCGCGGAGGUCCAUUCAUGGACUCGCACAUGACUGGAUUUCUGGAACAACAGCCUUCUGUCCCUUUCCAACAGUUUUCUGUCCCUUUCCAACAGCCUUCUGUCCCCUUCCAACAACCUUCUGUCCCCUUCCAGCAGCCUAGGUCUAGGGGUCCUGUUAUUGAGGAGUUGGACUCUGAUGAUGAGAAAGAGGAAAAUGAUAUUCCGAAAGAGAAGAAACAGAACACGAGAAAGCAUGCUAGGUCAAGAACUGAGCCUUUUAUUGAAUAUCCAGAUGAUGAAGCAGGAGCAGAGAGGAGGAGUAAACAAAUGGUAUUCCAGAGAGCAAAUACUGUUCAACAGCCUCAAGUUCAUAGCUUUAGCUUUCAGAGUUCCACCGUGUCCUAUGGUGGUGCAAAUGGCACCUAUUACACUUCUUCCAAAACCAGGAGGGGCGGAAGUGAUGGACUGACUUUCGAGGAAAGUAAAGAAGCCAAUUCCGCUACUGGGGAAGCAAGUCACAGGGUUUCAAGGGGAAUACAUAAUAAGGGUCAUUCUUUGUCGCGGAAACUCGAUUCAGAUGGCAGGGUGGACACCAUGCAGACAUUGCACAACCUUAAUGAAAAUGAACUUGAUGGAUUUGAAGAAACCUGGAAAGGAAAAGCUAGAAAUCAGCUACCUGGCCUGUAUGGUGGGUUUAAUUUACAAGGUGAAACAGGGUCUGGUAGCAGUGUCCAUAAUGGUGCAAAUAGGGGUGGAUGGGCACUUCCUUUGACGGAGAGCGCACAUCAUUCAGGGAACCUUGGACCAGGUGUAGGUACUGCUGCUGGCCCUUCCCAUCCAGUGCAUUCACAGAGGCCAAAAACAGAUGCUGGGAAUGUGAGUUCUUCAAAGGGCACCACUGCUAGUAAUAUGGAGCGAGCUAAGAAACGUUGAAGCAUCUGUCGCAAAAGUCAUUUGCUGCUUCAGAAUGUGUAGUCAUGAAUAGUAGCUGCUCUAGCAUCUUGUUAUUCUGCUUUUCUUUUGCAGAAAGCAGGCACAUCUAUACCCUUAUCCUUCCUGCAUGCCACCGUUGAAUAAUCGUUGUAGCAAAUUUGUGUAGCUGUUGUAAUGCGUGGCUGCUCCCGCUCCUUUAACUGGGUGGUAUGAGAGAGAAUGGUCAGGGAUGUUUGAACAUAGUCACAUAAUAUUAGUACCUUAUAAUUUUGGUUAGUUGAAUAUGUUUUGCAGCUUCAUAAACAUAGGUAGGUUAUUCUG